AUGAGAUAGACGCGAAAGUCUUCUAGCGAUACUUUUGCGAAAAUUUUCGAACAUUUGAAAACUUUCAUAGUUUCAGUAUGAGUAAAGGACUAUGGAUGUGUUUAACAAUCAUUCUAUGCAUCUUCAAAGGAGGAAGAAGCAAAUAUCAAGGCCCAUCUUUCGUGCAUGAACCUCCGAUCAAGGCGAUGUUCUACAAUAACACUGGUGUAACUAUACCUUGCGUUGCCAACGGAUCUCCGAGACCGGAAGUAACUUGGACAACGAUUGACAAUGCCACAGUUGCUCCGAUCUCAGGCUUACGUCACAUCCGACCUGACGGUUCCUUAGUAUUCUCUCCCUUUAGAGCGGAGGAUUAUAGGCAAGAUAUACAUUCUGCCGUUUAUAGAUGUUCUGCCUCAAAUAUAGUAGGCAGUAUUGUCAGUAGAGAAGUCCACGUCAGGGGCGUUUUAUACCAGAACUUCGAUGCCCGUGUCUAUGAUGAAUUCGUAAUCAGGGGAAACAUUGGAGUUCUUCGAUGUAACCUCCCAAGCCAUGUGAGAGAUUACGUUAAAAUUACUUCUUGGAAGCGAGAUGAUGGGUUGGUAAUUUUGCAACAAAGAUCGAAUGAUAAUGAUCGUUAUGUUGUUUAUCUAACUGGAGAAAUCCACAUCAGAGUUGUGGAAUACACGGAUAGUCAUUUUUUGUACAAGUGCCAAGUCCGGAAUACGCUGACCAGGCAAACAAAGGAAAGCACAACCGGUGGACGGUUGAUCAUAACAGAACCUCAAUCUGAAGUUCCUCCCAGACUUACUCACUUUGCCAGGCAUGUUUCAUCAAGCCAAGGGGAUACUGUUCUGAUUCCAUGCGUAGCUCAAGGUCACCCAGCACCUAUAUACAGGUGGAGCCGAAGAACUUCUGGGCAGAUUCUUGACAUCUCAGCAUCUGACGAUCGACGACACCUGAUAAACGGCAGUCUCAUCCUCAGACGCGUCAACCCUCAAGACAGCGGCUUCUAUGUAUGCGUAGCGAAAAGCGAAGUUGGGGAAGUGAAAACUGAAACGCAGUUGACAGUUAGAGCUCCACUCAAAGUUAGCAUGUGGCCUGCGAUGCAACAAGUCAGCACCGGAUCUACUGUUACUAUCAAUUGCACUGUUUCUGGACAUCCUAUAUCUUCAAUAGAAUGGGUGAAAAAUCAAAGAAAUCUGGUUUUAUCUCGUCGAGUUGUACUUGUUAGCAGAACUGUCUUACACAUCACAACAGUGCAAAGAGAGGACAGAGGAAUGUACCAGUGCAUAGCACGCAAUGAUGAAGAUUCUGCUCAAGGUUCUGCACAACUAAUCAUAGCUGCUGAGCCACCGGUUUUGUUAAGCAAGUUCGAGGAGCUCAUUGUAAAACCCGGAGAUUCAGUCUCUCUUCGUUGCUCUGCUAUUGGAAAUCCUCUUCCUCAAAUCACGUGGUAUUCAUAUGAGAAUCCUGUUCAAGACACUAGCAGGAUUCGAGUUGGCGAUUACGUCAGUCGAGAAGGCAGUGUCAUCAGUUUCAUUAACAUUACCAGGGUUGAAAUUUCGGAUGGAGGCCAGUUUGAAUGUAGAGCCUUAAACGAAUAUGGUGUUGACUCGUUCUCUUCUAUAGUUCAUGUCAGGGGACCUCCAUCUAUCCGACCCAUUAGAAACAGAACGGCUGUCGCAGGGGAUUCCUUGAUUGUCCACUGCCCGAUAUCCGGCUAUCCUAUUCAUUCUAUUCGGUGGAUGAAAGGCAACCGCCAGCUUCCUCUGGGAAGGCGCCAGAAGGUGUUCACUAAUGGAACUCUGCUCAUCCAAGGGCUAGAUGGCAUUGAAGACGAAGGCAAGUACCGCUGCCAGGUGGAGAAUGAUGAAGGCAUCAAAGCUUCCGUUGACGUCUUCCUCAAAGUUCUAGUUCCGCCAAGUAUAACUCCAUUCAGUUUUCCUAAGAAUCCCCAGGAAGGAAUGAGAGCAAGCGUAUCAUGUAGUGUACCAACAGGCGACGCUCCUAUCCGUAUUUCCUGGCUGAAGGAUGGAAUUCCUUUGUCCCUCGAGGCCGGUAUAUCCCUGGAAAUGAUCGAUGAUUUCGUGUCCACGCUAAUCUUCAAGUCUCUGCGCCAGGAGCACAGCGGGACUUACACGUGCGUUGCAUACAACGAUGCCGCCACUGUCAAUUACUCUGUGCCACUGUCUGUCAGCGCUCCUCCUCGUUGGAGAGUAGAGCCAACCGACCAGUUUGUUCCUGUUGGUGGAACGAUCACGUUAGAUUGCACAGCAGAUGGAAGACCGGAACCUAGAGUAAUAUGGAAAAAAAGUGAUGAUGACAGUGGGGAUUAUCGCACUGUAAUCAGUGGCUCUCACAUCCAAACUUUGGUCAAUGGUUCGUUGGUCAUAAGGGACGUCGAAGAAGAAGAUGAUGGACGUUAUAUGUGCGAAGCAAGCAAUGGAGUUGGUUCUCCAUUGAGCACUGUCGUAAAACUAACUGUUCAUGUUCCAGCACAUUUUAUUCAAAAAUUCGUUGCACAAACAGUUCGAUCGGGUGAGUCAGUGACCUUAAAAUGUGAAGCCUUUGGUGAGAAACCAAUGACUUACAUGUGGCUGAAAGAUCGGCAACCUUUCGGAGGACUUAGCCAUCCAAGUUAUUAUAAAAGAACUAGCUGUAAAGCCCGGCAGAUGAGCUGGUUGCGGCCAAAGCAAAAUUUAAAAGUUCUAUGUGCAACUUUUCAGUUGCACAUAGCAACCUAUCUUGCUAUGUGCAACUGUUUCCAAGAAUAAUCUGUGUUGCUAUGUGUAUGCUUUCAACCUAUGUUGCAAUGUGGAACUGCAACUGAAUGCAUAAAAAUAACUCAAUAUGAAUAAUAUUAGUUUAUUCUUCCUUUAUUCUUUCUUUGCGGAACAGGAUAGUGUCCCAAACACUAGUGUUCAAGCAACAACCAAUAUUUUGUUGUUGCUAAACCAGAAAACAGAAAGUUUGAUGCUUCAGUUUAA